UAUUACUUGAAUGUUUCAAGCAAUAUUAUAUUUACAGAUGCGAUUUGUUGAUGCCAUUUUAAGUAAUAAUUCAACAGAUGAUCACUGUCGUGAAUUUGUUAGACAGAAAGGUUUAGUGCCUUUAAUGGGAAUACUUGGAUUACCAAAUUUACCUAUAGAUUUUCCAAUUACACCAACUUGUCAAGCUGUUGCUAGUGUAUGCAAAUCUAUUUUGAAUUUAGCACAUGAACCUCAAGUGCUCAAACAAGGAUUAUUGCAUCUCAAUGAAGUUCUUCAGUCUUUGGAACCAUUGCAUCGACCAUUGGAUCCUCCAGGUGGUAGUGUUCUUUUAGAAGAAUUAAUCAGUUCAUCAAAUCCAAGUGAAGCAACAUUGAGUGCCCAGUCUACACCAUUAUUACAUGCCAUGGCUUCUGCACAUGCAUACAUAAUUAUGUUUGUUCAUGUGUGCAGAACUGGACAAGUGAGUUUAUUAAAACAAAAAUAGUAAAAAAUGAUUUUA